AUGUCCAAACAUCAUCCAGAUGUUAUAUUAUGCAGAAAACUACCUGGUAUCUCUAUCGGUAGGCUAUGUGAGCACUGUGAUGGAAAAUGUCCAAUUUGCGACUCGUAUGUGCGACCCGCCGAGUUGGUACGGAUCUGCGAUGAAUGCAACUUCGGGUCUUAUGGUGGCCGCUGCAUUGUAUGCGGUGCCCCUGGUGUUUCUGAUGCGUACUAUUGUGCCGAAUGCACCCGACUCGAAAAAGACAGAGACGGCUGCCCCAAGGCAAUCAACUUGGGUCAUACGCGAAUGGACGCCUUAUUUAACAGGAAAAUGCAAAACAUGUUUCAAAAAGGCUAA